AUGGCACCGCGCCGACUCGGGCCCAUCGCGCUCGCCCUCGUCGCCGCCUCAUCGCUUUCAGCCCACGCCGCCACCCUCACCUCGUCUGCCGCCACGAGCACCGCCGCCAGUGCUACAGCAACCAGCUCGCACGCCGGCACAUCCAGCGCCACCGCCACUACCUCCAGCAGCGCCGCCCCGUCCGCCUCGACUGCGCCUGUCGCCGUCGCACCCAAGGUGCCCGAGGGCUACCUGUACACAAUGAGCUUUGACGAGGAUGUCUACGCCGACACGAGCGCGUUCUGCGACGACUGGGACUCGUCGUGCGUCGACUACCUCGCGCCCUUCUCGGACGUGCACCAGGUCCUCUGCGACGUCGCCGCCGCCGGACCUCAAGUCGUCGUCUACUGCGGCGGCAACACCGUGUCGCGCCCGACCCAGUUCUACGACUUCUCGACCGCGAUCCAGCGUUUCGUGUCGGCGGCGCUCAUCGAGGGUCCGGCGGCGUACGGCGAGGAGGUCGGCGGGUCGUCAGCGUCGACGUCUACGGCGAGCGGUACCUCGUCGACGGCGGUCACGGCGAGCGGAAGCACGUCGUCGUCGGCGGCUUCGCUCUCGAGUUCGACCGCAGCGACGUCCGUCGCGGUCUCGGCGAGCGGCACGGCGGCGAGCGCGGCGUCGUCCGCCCUGGCGACCACGAGCAUCCCCUCGACGUCGUCCACUGUCGCCUCUGCGCCUCUCGUCAACGCCUCGUCGACACACACGCCCUCUUCAUCGGCGUCCGCAGAGCUCUCCUCCCCGCCGUCGUCCACCACCUCCUCCAACGUCCUCCCUCCCGCUCCCACUCUCUCUCCUGCCCACCAUGCCGCGCUCGCCGACGCCGAGAAGGCUCGCGCUCGAGCCCUCGCCCACCUCAAGGCCAACAAGGCCCUCGCGCGCCGGCGCUCCCGCGCGUUCGCCGCCCGGCGUGAAGCCGAGCUUGCGGCGCUCGCAGAGGCGCGCAAGGCGGCGCUGCGGGCGGCCAAGGCGGCGCGCAGGGCCGAGGAGCACGCGGCGGGCGUCGCGAGGGCGGCGCUCGAGGCGAUCCGGGCGGCGGCGGAGCGGGCGCGCAAGGCCGAGGCGGCGCGCUCGAGGGCGAGGAAAGAGGCGGCUGCAGCGGAGCGGAGGAAGGAGGAGCACGGCGGCGAGGGCGUGGUCAAGCUCAAGCUGCCGCACGCCGCGCGCCCGCACAAGGCGACGAACAAGUCGGGCCUGUCGCUCGACGCCAAGCUCGACGCCCGGUUCGGCGCGCUCGCGAUCAAGUACCUCGAGCGGUGGAUCGAGAAGGAGGUCGAGGAGGACUUUGCGGCGCUCGUCGAGCGGGAGCGCAAGCGGGCGCAUGGGCGCGACAAGCGCAGGCUCGCCGUCGAGCACUGA